AUGCUGGAAAAAUGGGUCAUUUUGCUUGUUGCGAUUGGACUGCUACUUUCAAACACCAGAGCUGAGACUCCAGAAGAUCGCUGCUUGGAACCGGUCGAUCAGGGACCUUGUCAAACUUUUCAGUUAAAAUGGUUCUGGGAUGAGGCGGACGGCCAGUGCAAAGAGUUCCACUAUGGAGGCUGUUUGGGCACCAAAAAUAGAUUUACCACAAAGCAGGAGUGCCUGAAAAUGUGCCGCUACAAGCUGUUCAACCCGGUGGCCGUGCCCGACUUGUGCCUUCUCGAGGUGGACCACGGCCAUUGUCCCGACGACCGGAAAGGGCAGUGGUGGUAUUGGUUCAAUUCGGAUUCUGGUGAAUGUGAGAAGUUCUUCUACCACGGCUGCGGCGGGAACGACAACAAAUUCUACUCGCUCCACUUGUGCCAAAAAGUGUGCGCCCAGCGGUUGUCGCCCCAGAUUGCCUGCAAUGACUGCGACCUACGCACGUCCUACUGUAAAAGCCACGGAAAGUACAACUACACGUGCGAGUGCCGCAUCGGAUACGAGAAGAAUAUGCAUGGGGAAUGUGUUGGUGAGUGUCAGAUUUCGAUAACA